AUGUCGUGGGAACUCUCUCGCCGUCGCAUUGUCCGAGCUGUCAACAGCAAAUACAUUUAUGGACGCCUCCCACUGCUUCACGCAAUCAUCAUUCUUAUCGAAAUGGCGCUCGUCGCCCGGUUGGUGUCCAAGUUCAACCAAUACUACGAUGAACGGCCACUGCUCACCAUGAUGGUGACCAACGCCAUCCUCGGUGGCAUCGCCGAUACGACCGCCCAGACAGUAACCGCCCUUCGCCUGAAGGCCGUCCGUAAGCCCGGCGGCGUCGACAAGGACGAUGGCAUCGCGAUCGAAAUCCACGACCUCGACCGCAAGAACCCUUUCUACGAGAAGGACCUCAUUCCCAACAUCAGCAGCCUGCCUCCCCCAUUCGACUUCGAGCGCCUGACUCGCUUCAUGGCCUACGGUUUCGGCAUGGCGCCCCUCCAGUUCCGCUGGUUCAAGUUCCUGUCGGCCACUUUCCCCAUCACCAAGACCAGCGCCUUCGUCCCUGCCAUGCAGAGAGUCGCCUUUGAUCAGCUCAUCUUUGCCCCCUUUGGUCUGCUCUGCUUCUUCUCUGUCAUGACUGUCGCGGAGGGCGGUGGACGCCGUGCCGUUAUGAGCAAGCUGCGCGACAUGUACAUUCCCACGUUGAAGGCAAACUUCAUCGUCUGGCCUGCCGUGCAGGUUCCCUUCGUCUCUACGAUCGGUAUUGCCUGGACCGCCUACCUCUCCCUCACCAACUCAUCUACCGAGGUCGAUAACCGCCCCGGCGCCCGCGAGGACGACCACAUUCGUCUUAGCUAA